ACACAUGUUCAAGGUCUGAAGUAUUAAAAUUACAGUUUCGCGUAGCGAGGUUCGGAUUAAUCUGUCUACUAUUGUCAUCCGACACUGUUCUCUUCCCUUUCGCUCUGCAACAAUGACUGGUGAAAAAAUAGUGAAACUGGACCAAUUGUUGAACGGUUACAUUGGCGAUUCCAAAUCCAUCGUUGAUACUAAAUAUUCAAGGUUAACCGGACCCGGUGAAAACUAUGGAAGCAUCUUGUUGAAGGUUGACAUAACCUUAGAAAAUAAAAAGGAUAAUUCUCGAGAGGAACUACACACGGUUGCCAAACUCAUACCGGAAGAUGAAUUCUUCCAAAAAAUCUUCAAUGUUCAAGUGAGCUGUAAAGUGGAGAUUAGUUUCUACGACACUAUCGUGCCGACACUUCAGCGGUUCCAGAAGGAAAAGGGCGUGCAACAAGUGAUGGACUUUUUCCCAAAGAUGUACGCAUCCAGGUUAAAUUUGAACGACAGCGACACAGUGGACCAAAAUGCGGUGUUGUUAUUAGAAAAUUUAAUAGAAGCUGGUUACAAAAACGUGGACCGUUUUGAAAGCUUCGACCUACCGACAGUCAAAAUCGUCCUGAAGGACCUGGCAGCCUUUCACGCGGUUCCCCUAGCACUGAAACUUUUAGAACCCGAAACUUUCCAGUCCAAAAUUCGACCGUACUUGGUGGCCUUCCAGCCACCGCCACCGGAUGAAGAAAAUCCAGACGGCAAAAAAUUCACCGAUUCCUUCGAAAUAGUUUUCGAUAUUUUGAAGGCCGACGAGGAGUGUAAACCUGUUGUUCCUCUACUCCGAGAAAAAAGCAAAUUGGGGCCACAGUCGGAUAUUCACCAAAACGAACCGUGGGCUACAAUGGGCCAUGGAGACUUCUGGAUCAACAACACCAUGGUAAAGUUUGAAGAAGGUAGACCAGUAGCCAAUAAAAUGGUAGACUUUCAGAAUCCUAGAUACCUCUCGCCGGCCGUAGAUUUGUUCUUCCUGUUGUGGUCUAGCGUGAAAUUGGACGUUCUGGACGAACACUAUGACAAUCUAGUGAAAUUUUACCACGAAAACUUCAUUAAACAACUCGAGGAACUCCAGUGCGAUACCUCUCCUUUUACUUUUGAACGAUUCCUGGAGGAAUUGCGGCAGGUGGCGGAUACCGAAGUGAUGCACAACAUGUUUUUCACGGUUUUCGUUAUUUUUGCUAAAAUUAAAGAGUCGGGACCUCCCAAGAUGCCACAUGAGUUAGAACCAGAAGAUGUUACCGAAAUAGGCAAGGAGAGGAUAAUCCAUUUCAUCAGAGCUUGCAAAAGGAAAGGAUGGCUGUAGUAUAAAAAAUAUUAAUAAAUAUUAUUAAACCCUUAUCAACUUAAUUUUCUUCAAAAAUCGUUGGUAGAGACUAAUGUGACAACACAAAUAUUCUAUUUCGGAAUUCGGACAGCAAAUUUAAGAUUAGUUCAAUUUUUAAAUAACUUCUUUACUGAUCCUGAAUUUUUAAAAAAACUUCUUAUAUAAGAUGUCCGGAAACGAAUCAGCCAUAUUUCAAGAGUAGCUUUAUUCGGUGAAAAUAAACCAAUUUAAUCAA